AUGUGGCUAGAUGUCGUUAUCAUCAUUGAUAACUGCAAAAUAGCUAGCACCAAUUUGGUCUACGAGACAAUUUUGUCACUUUUCGACAAAAAUCUUCAAAUUGGAACUGGAUAUGCGGAUCCCAGAAGUACAAGAGUCGGAUUUAUUACGUACAAUUACAAUGCGACAGAUGUCGCCGAUUUCUACAAACUUCAAUCCUACGAUGACCUGAAGAGUCAAAUCCAGCGUCUCAAAAUGACACCACUGACAACGACGACUGUCAGCAGAAUGGAUACAGCUCUCUACGCAGCCAUGAAUAUGAUCAACUCGACUGCCGGUUUCCGAGAUAAUUACAAGAAAGUGGUUAUUGUAUUCACAAAUGUGCAUGGAACCUACAAGAGCAAUCCACCAAAAGACGUCUCAAAAUCUCUUCAGAUGAAGGGAAUCCCAGUGAUUACUGUAAACACCGGAUCCAGUUCGGAUACACAGUCAUGGCUGAAAAAUAUUGCUAGUACCAAUAUGGCAUUUGCCAUUUAUGAUGGAAAUGUUACUCAAGAAAUUCAGAAGGCCAUGACUGAUAUAAACUGCUAUUGUAACUCCGGUUGGAUUCAAUACACUUGGCCGUGGAACGUGAAUCAAAAGGCUUACGGUACUUGUGUCUACGCACCGAAUGUGCAAUCGAACCGCGAGGGUGCCAAACAAUAUUGCCAUCAGAAUUAUCACAAUGCCUAUUUGGUCAAUGAACUGGACCAACAGAAGAGGACGUUUAAUUUUGCCGUUCUCAACUCCAUGUCCUCCUCACCAGUCAACGCCUUUUAUAAUGGUCUCAUCAAUUUGAACAAUGUCUGGUUUUGGGAUCAACCAGAUCAGAAACCACUUCAACCGCUUGACCCAAAUUCGGGAGCUCCACCGGCACGUGCCGCUUGUGUUGCUGAUAUGAAGUAUUCGGAUGGAACGACCGCCUGGACACCAGUCAGUUGCGUCAACAACUUUCACUUUUUGUGUGAGAAAGUGGCUUGUGAUACUGAUAAUUAUUGUGAAUAUGCUUAG